AUGGAAGGAACAACCAUCUUUCGCGAGCACAAAGCCAUUACCACUAAGCUUCUAAACUCUGCUAAUUUCAUCAUGUCGCCUAAAGUCAUUCGUAUUUCAGUGAUGGAUCACUACGCCACAGACUCUUCUAGCGAGGAAGAAGAAGAAGAUUGUUUACCAAGAGGAAAGAAAGUGGUUAAUGAGAUCAGAUUCUGCAAAACUUCUUCAUGUUCUUCGAAAAACAACAACAACAACAACAAGAGACAACAGGAUCAUAAUAAUGUCUCAAAGUAUCGCGGGGUUCGCCAAAGACCUUGGGGAAGAUGGGCUGCUGAGAUCCGGGAUUCUAUUACGCGUAAGCGGGUGUGGCUCGGGACUUAUGACACUGCAGAAGAAGCUGCUAUGGUGUAUGACAGAGCAGCAAUUAAUUAUAGAGGUGCUGGUGCUGUUACCAAUCUCAUCAAACCACCACCAUCUCAUCAGAAAGAAAAAAAUGAUGAAGUUGAAUCUCUUAUUUAUAAUAAUAGUAAGGAUCAUGAUUUGUGUUAUUUAUCUUCACCUACUUCUGUUAUUGUAGUUAUGCCUGCGGAAGAGAUGGGUGUGGAAACUUUGGAUAAACCUCUUCUUCCUAUUGUUACUAAUGACAACAAUUGCAUUGAUUUUGAUGUUCCUUUUCAUCUAGAGGAGGAUUUUGAAUCAUGUAAAUGGGAUUUAGAUGAUUACUUCAAUGAACCUUGGGCUCUGUAA